CAAAAUAAAAACCGGAAGUGUAAUGGCGAAUGCCACAACAUAAAGUAAUUGAAAUAAAACAUCUACUGAUCGUAGAUCUAGUAAUAAAUUUAGGAAAUUAAUGAUCGCAUUAAUGACUAAGCAUUAUUUAUCAAGAUAAUUACAAUAAUAAGGAUAGUUUUUUUUUCCAUAAAACUUGACCAUGAUCAAAGCAAUUUUAGUUUUUAAUAAUCAUGGCAAACCUCGACUGAGCAAGUUCUAUCAAUUUUAUCCUGAAGAUCUUCAGCAUCAGAUUAUAAGAGAAACAUUCCAUCUUGUAUCCAAGAGAGAUGACAGUGUCUGCAAUUUCCUUGAGGGAGGAACACUUAUUGGUGGGUCAGACUAUAAACUAAUCUAUCGACAUUAUGCCACUUUGUAUUUUGUCUUUUGUGUUGACUCAUCUGAGAGUGAGUUAGGAAUAUUAGAUCUUAUCCAGGUUUUUGUGGAGACCUUAGAUAAAUGUUUUGAAAAUGUCUGUGAGCUGGAUCUGAUAUUCCAUGUUGACAAGGUUCACUACAUCCUGUCUGAACUAGUAAUGGGGGGCAUGGUCCUUGAGACAAACAUGACAGAGAUCAUCACAAGGAUAGAGGAACAGAACAAGCUUGAGAAGCAGGAGUCCAGAGAAAAUCUGUUUGGAGUCCUGCACAGAGUAGGGGGGAAUGCUGGCAUUUAUGGAAAGACUAAUGACCCAGAGCUGGAUAGCAUUCAGGGUCAUGAGAGUCACUCAUCUAUCUUUCUGCCAAAGGGGGUACGGCUGUAAAGCAAAAAAAAACACACACAAAGUUAGGCAAGGCUGGCAUUUCUGCUGCUCCUGCCCGAGCUGUUUCGGCUGUGAAAGAGAUGAACAUUCCUCAGAAAAUCAAAGACAUCAAGUUACCUGAUCUACCAAGUCUUGGAAAUUUGAAAUUUUAGCACUGUCUUUGUUUAUUUAAUAGAUCAAUUUAAAGAUAAAGAAAUUGUGAACAUCUGUUCCACCUUGUCAUCGUGUCUAAAACAUUGAGUUGAUGUAUGUAAAGAAUUUGUUUGUAUAGUAAAGUUAAUAAUGUAGGUCACCAUUCUAACACAUGCUCAAGAAAUGAUGUACCCCACCCCCCUUACUUUGGGUGAUUAUUUUGUUGGAAUGCAUUUCUAUGAGCACAAUAAGAGUCCCAAUAAACUGUUAGUUAUUGUGAUGCUGUUUUUUUUUUUUUUUUUUGUAUGAGUAGUAAAAAAAAAGUGAAUUUCUGUUUACUGAUGAUUCUGUAUCGUGUAUAGUUAUGACUUCAACAUUACAUUGAAAAUAUUUAUGCCGUCUCAUCUUUCAUUGGUUGCAUAGCUAAACAGACGUUCAUCUUUCAUAAUGACAUGUUGUUCAUUAAUACAUUUUUAAGUUCAUUUUAUUUUUCAUUUCAUUUGUUUUUGCAUAGAUAUUUCUAAAAAGAGAUUUUCAGAAUUAUUUUCUUUUAUGAUGGUCAAUUUGCGUGAGAUAUCUGCUGAUGUGAGAAAGUUGUUAGAAUGAAUGCAUUGGGCAAGUCUAGGGGAUUGACUUGUACCCUCUGUAGUUUGGGACUGUGCACUAGUAUUAGCACUCGGGGAGGUGCUAGCAUUUAAAAGUAUGUGAUAGUAUGCAUUUCUGAGUGACUGCAUCAACAAUUAUUGUAAUUACUUUUAUUUUUUUUUUGUAUGGAAAUUGUUUGGUGAAAGAUAAUAUUAAAUUAGAUUUUUUUAAGGUAAAAAA